AUGAGUAAAAGAGGUGCAGGUAAUUCUGGUAACAAGCUGCGUGUUACUCUUGCCCUUCCUGUAGGUGCAUUAAUCAACUGUGCUGACAACACUGGAGCAAAGACUCUUUACAUAAUGGCCGUCCACAGAAUUGGUGCUAGACUCAAUCGUUUGCCAGCUGCAUCUGUUGGCGAUAUGGUUUUAGUCACUGUAAAGAAAGGAAAGCCAGAAUUGAGGAAAAAAGUUAUGCCAGCCGUUAUUGUUAGGCAAAGAAAACCAUGGAGAAGAUCAGACGGAAUCUUCAUUUGCUGUGAAGAUAAUGCUGGUGUCAUUGUAAACCCUAAGGGAGAAAUGAAAGGUUCUGGUGUUUCUGGACCAGUCACAAAAGAAUGUGCAGAUCUAUGGCCUAGAGUUUCAUCAAAUGCUGGAGCUAUCGUUUAA